AUGGGAGUUUGGAAUAGGAUGCGGCCUCAACUGGGCUCCAAGAGCUCAGAUGUCAAUGUUGCUCCCCAAGAAAUAACGACCACCACCGAUCAUGAGAAAAGUCCAAAUAUUGAAUCUCCAACAGACGGCAACUCCUCCGUGGCUGGGGAUGCCCUGCCAGCCGAAGAUGUCACAGAAGGUGUCAGGAACAUGGAAGCCAUCACCCUCGUAUGGACCAAAUCGUCUUUGAUCGGCUUGUUUAUCUGCAUCUGGCUCGUGUACCUACUCAACGCCUUUCAGAGCUCGACAGUUGGUAGCUUGGUGCCCUACGUGACGAGCUCAUGGGGCGACCAUUCACUCCUCAACGUCAUCGAUGUUGUCGCCAGUUCAAUGACGGCCGCAGUUUUCAUUCCUCUUGCCAAGCUUCUUGAUCUUUGGGGACGAGCUGAGGGAUAUCUGCUGAUGGUGGCUUUUGCCGAGCUGGGCCUUAUUCUCAUGGCUACGAGCACGAACCUGUCAAUUUACUGUGCUGCCAACGUCUUUUACCAAGUUGGCUUCACAGGCCUCAUCUACAGCAUCGACGUAAUGACAGCCGACGCAACCAACCUAAAGAAUCGAGCUCUGGCAUUCGCCUUCACAUCGUCGCCUUACAUGAUCUCGGCAUUUGCUGGAUCUUAUGCUUCCGACAGGAUGCUUGUGGACAUUGGGUGGCCGUGGGGCUUCGCCACCUUCGCGUUCUUGACACCCGUCGUGUGCGCGCCUUUGUACAUUCUUCUAAAGGUCAACUUGCGAAAAGCUAAGAAGACCAUCUUGCCAAAGAAGGCAAGCGGACGAACAUUCAAAGAGAGUGUUUGGCACUAUGUCAUCGAGUUUGAUGUCCUCGGUGUGUUUCUCUUUGCCACUGGCCUUAUCGUCUUCCUUCUUCCAUUCAACAUCGCCGCCUCAGCACCCAACGGCUGGGCUACCGGAUAUAUCAUCGCCAUGAUUGUUGUCGGCUUUUUCCUUCUUGUCGGGUUCGCCAUCAACGAAGUUUACGUCGCGCCCGUUCCCUUCCUCAAGGUGCAUUUCCUCACCGAUAGGACUCUGGUUGGCGCCUGUUUGUUGGAUCUAACCUAUCAAAUAUCCUACUACUGCUGGAACAACUACUUCACGUCAUUCCUCCAAGUUGUCAACUAUUUGACAGUCGCAGAGGCUGGUUAUGUCAGCAACACCUUCAACGUAGUCUCCGGAAUCCUUUUGUUCAUCAUUGGCUGGGGUAUCCGAAGAACAGGAUACUUCAAGUGGCUUCUAUGGAUUGGUGUGCCCCUCUAUAUCUUUGCCCAAGGCUUGAUGAUCUACUUCCGAAACCCAACCGGCUAUGUAGGUUAUCUUGUGAUGACCCAGAUAUUUAUUUCCAUCGGCGGAAGUGUCUUCACUAUCUGUAUGCAGCUCGCUGUCCUAGCAGCUGUUGAUCACCAACACGUCGCCGCCGCCUUGGCAAUGUUGAACGUGACAGGCACAGCGGGCGGUAGUAUUGGAUACACGAUUUCGGGGGCGAUCUGGACCAAUACCUUCGAGAAGGCUCUGAUUAGGUACCUCCCUUCAAGUGCGCUAGACAGUCUUGCGGAUAUCUACGGAGAUCUUGCUGUUCAGCUGAGCUACGCUAAGGGUACUCCUGAACGCAUCGGUAUUCAAAAGGCCUAUGGGUAUGCUCAGACCCGGAUGUUGGCAGCUGGAACGGCGAUCAUGGCUUUGUCUUUUGUCUGGGUUGCACUCAUCAGAAAUCUCAAGGUAUCGGAGAUGAAACAGACGAAGGGCAACGUUUUUUGA